AUGGCAAACAGGGGUAGUGGGAAUAUGAAGGGAAAUGAAGGGGCCUACCCCCCAAAUUACUACCACCCAGCGCAAGCAAUGCAACCAGGAAUAUACGGAAUGAAUAAGGGCAAUAUGGGUGGGCCUCCUUUGAGUGAUAAUAUGUACGGAGAUGGAAGCACCCCCAAUACGUAUUUAAGUAAUCAAGGUCAGUACAGAGGGGUGGCAAGUCAGUUCGUGCCAAUAAUGAACAAUAACAAUACAUUAAAACCAGGAGGAAAUGUCCUAGGGUAUGACAACACAGGAGGUGGACAUGUAAAUAGUGUGCAGCCAAUAAUGAGCGAUUCGUAUCAGGAAUUUUUACAAUUUAAUGCCUUUUCCCAUUUUGUUAAAAGCUCGGUAAGUUACAUGCCAGCCAAUACGACCCUAAAACAGAAGGCGCAUGUACCCCUAGGGUUUAUAAUACAACCAUUAGCCCCCAUUCCAGAUGGGUACCCAGAGUUAGCAUCCGUCAAUUUUGGAAAUUCAACAGUUGUAAGAUGUAAAAAAUGUAGGACGUAUAUUAAUCCCUUUGUGAGAUUCGAAGGAGGAGGGAAGAAAUGGAAUUGUAACAUGUGUUACCAUGUGAAUGACACUCCUCAGUUUUAUUUCACUCCUUUGGAUGAGAAAGGAAAAAGGAAGGACCUUUUCCAAAGGCCAGAAUUAUGCACAGGUAGUGUGGAAUUCAUCGCGCCAAGUGAUUAUAUGAUAAGACCUCCACAGCCACCCGUCUAUUUAUUCCUCAUCGAUGUGACAGUGACAUCGGUUAACUCAGGUCUACUCGAUGUGGUAUGCAGCACAAUUAAGAAGUUACUACCAAAGAACAACACUGCAAGCGGUAAUGAUAACAGCGGUGGAGAUAUGAAUGGAAAAAAACCUUUCGACACGAGAACACUGAUAGGAAUCAUGACAUUCGAUUCAACGGUCCAUUUUUAUAACCUAAACUCCAAUUUGAAGCAAACACAAAUGAUGGUCGUGCCAGAUAUACAGGAUAUUUUCAUCCCCUUGCCGGAAGAUAUUUUGGUCAACGUACAUGAGUGUCAAAAUGUGAUCGAUGUUUUGUUAGAUAAUUUACCAAAUAUGUGGAGGAAUAACAAAAUGGCUGAUUGUUGUGCAGGCAAUGCGUUAAAAGCAGCAAUUAUGGUAUUAAAAAAAGUAGGGGGAAAACUGGUAUUUUUUUUAUCCUCUGCACCUAAUAUUGGGGACUUAACAGUUAGUGUGAAUAGAGAGACAAAGGAGAAGAGUAGCAGUUACAAAAACAUUUACAGCUCAGGUAGUUCCAGCAAUAAUGUGGUGGAUUCAAAAGUGAAGGAAAUAGAAAUGUUAACUCCUUUUAAUAAUAUGUAUACAGAGUUGGCACAGAGCAUUACACAAUACCAGAUAGCUGUAGAUUUGUUUGCCUGCCCUUUGUACAACCUAGACUUAGCAACCAUCUACCCUUUAGUAAAGAAUUCUGGAGGAUCUCUUUAUUACUAUCCCCAGUUUAAUGUACAUCAAUAUAGCGACAAACUGAGGGAGGAGCUCCUAUUCGCAUUGACCACAGAAACAGCAUGGGAAUCAGUAAUGAGAAUAAGGAUAAGUAGAGGAUGGAAAAUUACCAACUGGUAUGGGAACUUCCAAUUUAGGGGAGUGGACUUAUUAGCCCUACCCAAUUGUCACUCAAGUCAAAAUUUUAGCAUCAUUGUCGAUUUGGAAGAAAACGUAGUACAAGACUCUGUGGUUUAUGUGCAAUCUGCUUUGUUGUAUACAAAUUCGAAUGGGGAAAGGAGAAUAAGGUUACAUACCUAUGCCCUACCUGUCACUCAGAAUAUUAAGACGAUUACAGAUUCUAUUAACCCUCAAGUUGUUGUGUCUUUACUUUCUCAUCAAGCUAUUGAUAUUUGUAAAAAAGGAAAAAUUGCAGAUGGGAGAAAUUUAAUUCAGACUCUAUGUUCACAAGUUUUAUCUUCCCAGUUACUCCUUUCCGAAACGGCUAGGCUUUUAUCCAUCUACGUUUUAGGCAUGCUUAAGUCGGUUGCUUUUAGGGACAGUGGGGAUGUUCCACCUGAUCUCCGAAUCUAUCACUGGUCUAGGGUACAAAAUAUUCCGGUCGAUUCUGUGGAGGCUUAUUUUUACCCUAGAAUGUUUUCUUUGCACAAUUUGGAGAAGCAUCACGGGAAUUAUGAUGACAAUAAUGCUAUUAUGUUUCCUGACACCAUGAGUUUGACUUGCGAGAAUAUGACUCAGGACGGUUGCUACAUUUGGGUCUACGAAGUCUUCGGAGUCCAGUCACUGGAGCAGUUAAAUUCGGAAUACGCAGAAAAUCAUUUAGGAACCAGCGGAAGCCCCAGCGGCGUACAAAUUCUGAACAUAAUUAACGCCUUGAGGAAAAUAAGAACUCCGUCCUACAUGAGGCUGUUAGUUGUAAAGCAAGGAGACCCCCUGGAAUAUAAAUUUUUCGCGUGCCUAAUUGAGGACAGGUCCCAACACAUGAUGAUGUCUUUAAAAGAAUUUUUAGCAAAAAUUUGCCCGAAAUACCCGCAGUUUGUUCCGUCUUUGAAUAAUCCCCACGCAGCAACCCUGGGUCAAUUUAUUUUAAAUAUGAUUGUAGAGGUU